GUUUUGGUAUUUUAAGAUAAAUGUAAAACGGUCACUUGUGUUUGGACCGCGUCACUUUUAUGCUAUUUAAAUUAAAUGAAAAACGUUAAUUUAUUGUUGUCAAUUAAACCAAAUUGUGAUAAAAACCACUAAAGCCGAAGCCAAAUAAGCACUUCUUUGUGUUUUAUUAAAAAUCCUAUGCAAGGAAGUAUCGGGACUUGAGAGAGAGAGAGAGUGAUCAAAGGAAGCCGCUUUCAUCGCACGCAAAAAACAGACGCCAAAUUUUCGCACACAUUUUCGCCGCAUUCCGAUACUUGCCGAAUCUAAAGAAAAGGAUAUCCCGCAAAGCAAGAAAGAUGAGCAAGGACAUUUACUACUCGGACAAAUACUACGACGAGCAGUACGAGUACAGACAUGUGGUGCUGCCCAAGGAGCUGGUGAAAAUGGUGCCCAAGACGCAUCUGAUGACCGAGGCCGAGUGGCGUUCGAUAGGUGUGCAGCAGUCGCGCGGAUGGAUACACUACAUGAUCCACAAGCCGGAGCCGCACAUUCUACUGUUCCGGAGGCCCAAGACCGAGGAGUAGGCAUCGAGGCGGAUCAAAACAACAACCGCAGCAGAUACACACACCUACCUACCUACUACCUACCUCUUGUACCCCUCGAACCCCUAACCCUAACACUGGCAUGCUCAUCCGGCAGCUGCUACGAUAUGGUGGUGGUGGUGGUUGUUGCUCGGAACCAACUGUUGCGACAAUCAUUCAUCUUCACGUCGAGUCGAGUCGCUGCGGAGAGCAGUUUUUACCUCUUACUUUUACUACGUGUCUGUGGCAGAUCCUUUCCUAUCUUUACCUAUACCGCCUAUACCUGUAAAUGUAGCAUUUAGAGAUAAAAACGAAGUUUGCCAUUUCA